ACAUGGUCCAUCCUUCACCAUCGGUAAGGCCGUCUGGCUGCUGUGGGGUCUGGUGUUCAACAACUCUGUGCCUGUGCAGAACCCAAAGGGCACAACCAGCAAAGUCAUCGUCUCAGUGUGGGCCUUCUUCGCUGUCAUCUUCCUGGCCUCCUACACUGCCAACCUGGCUGCCUUCAUGAUCCAGGAGGAGUUUGUGGACCAAGUGACUGGACUGUCUGACAAGAAGUUCCAGAGUCCGUAUUCCUAUUCGCCUCCAUUUCGCUUCGGGACGGUUCCUAACGGCAGCACCGAGCGCAACAUCAGGAAAAACUAUCCGAAUAUGCAUCAAUACAUGACCAAAUACCAUCAGACUGGCGUUGUGGAUGCGCUGGUCAGCCUCAAGACUGGAAAGCUGGAUGCUUUCAUUUACGACGCUGCGGUGCUGAACUACAUGGCGGGCAGAGACGACGGCUGUAAGCUUGUCACCAUCGGCAGCGGUUACAUCUUCGCCACCACGGGUUAUGGUAUCGCCUUACAGAAAGGAUCCUACUGGAAACGCCUGGUCGAUCUGGCCAUACUGGGCAUCAUAGGAGAUGGUGAGAUGGAAGAGCUGGAGGCGCAGUGGCUGACUGGGAUCUGCCACAGUGAGAAGAACGAGGUGAUGUCCAGCCAGCUGGAUGUAGACAACAUGGCGGGUGUCUUCUACAUGCUGGCCACAGCCAUGGGCCUCUCCAUCCUCACUUUUAUUUCUGAACACCUUUUCUACUGGAGGCUGAGAUACUGCUUCACUGGCGUCUGCACUGGGAGGCCGGGUCUGCUCUUCACUAUCAGCAGGGGUAUAUGGAGCUGCAUCCAUGGAGUUCAUAUUGAUAUGAAGAAGAAGAAUCCUGAGCUGGAUUUCAGUCCUCAAGCCAACAUGCUGCAUCUGCUCAAGUCUGCCAAGUCCAUGGCUUUGUCUUCUCCUAAACGCAACGCUGUGCUCUUGCAGCCCAACAUCCUAGAUGUGAUGUCGGGGAAAGGUAACUCUCUCCAUCUGCCCCCGAAGGGUCCUGGUCUCUAUAGCAACGCCGCUGGUCCGCACAGUUUCUUGUCAUUGUCCGGGCGACAUAAAAACCUUCUUAACAAUGCUGCGCCGUUCCCUGUGCAACAGAAAACCCCCGCUCUUCAGACGAGCCCCAACAAGCCACAGCUGUCAAUCACAAAUGACAACGGCAAGACCCGCCCCAUCGGGCUGGCCCUCGCUGCCGCCCCACAGGGCUCAAAACCUCGAGCCCUGUGGAAGAAAAGUGUGGAGACGUUGAAAACGCAGCCUACUGUCGUAUCUCCAGGCCCAAGCCCCACCCCGGCCGCUGGACCUGGACCCCCACAGAUGAAGAGCCAGCGCUACCUGCCUGAAGAGCCGGCACACUCUGACAUCUCCGAGUGCUCCAGCCGGCCGCCAUCACACAAAGAUUCUGAUUCGAUGGCGGCCAGGGGCGGAUUCAAGCCUAUUAAUCAGCUGAGGAAGAGAGGAGGGGUAGGAGCAGGAGGGGGAAGCGGGGGCGGAGGAUCAAAGAUCUACUCCAUUGACUCAGACCAGGCCAGUCUGCAGUCAGCUCCCCCCUACCAGCGAGACAGCCAGGGGGGAGGUGAUGACCACACUUACCCCCCUGACCUGUUUCCACCAGACAGCACAUACUCACACACUCACACACUCUCCCACCAGGCGGAUGCGCCCAUCUUGCAGCUGAGUGCCAGCCUGCUGCACCACAGUCACAGCGCGGAGGCCGACCUGCACUCCCUGAAGGACAAGAAAUACAGCACCUACACACACAGCAGCUCGAAGGACAAAACUGGAGGUUCAUUUGAAGCUCCGGGCGGGGGUCAGGGGUCACAGAGCGUCAGACCCGGACACUGUCGCUCCUGCCUGACCAAGCUGAGCAGUUACUCCGGCCUUUACACCGUCCGCUCCCCGGGGGCUCGCUGUGACGCCUGUGCCCACCUGGGAAACCUUUACGACAUCAGUGAAGACCACCUGCACUCGCACUACUCCCACACGCACACUCACCCACACAGCGGGGACAUGUUUACACACUAUCUUCCCCAGAGCGAGCUGGGCCUGGUGGGCGAAGGGGACGGGCUCGUAAGCCACUUUGAGCCCACCCCAUCCUCCCCGUCUCCUCUCCCCACCUCUUUGUCGGCCCAGCACCUUCAGCUGAGUCGCCAGCACUCCUAUGAGAACGUGCUUCCGGACGACGUUCCCGAGCGCCAGUCGCAGCUGCACACCCACCUGCGGGGGCUGAGCCUGCCCGACAGAGACAGGGAGAGGGAGCGGGAGCUGGACGAGGGGGCCUACGCUAACGUCCUCACCAUGCGCUCUGACCGUCCCUUCAGCAGCCGCAGCCCGCCCUCUCCGUCCCCCUCCCACCACCACAGCCUCGACGCCCCUCUGCCGCUCCCCCGGCGCUCCAAGAGUCUCUUCCCCGAUCGGCCCUCUCACAACCCUUUCCUCCAGUCAGCGCCUGGCACUACACAACGAGAGCCCUCCCCGCAGUCUGUCACACGCAUGCCGCAGAGAAGCUCAGCCCACGAGCUCUAUAAGCAGCGAAUGCCGCUGUCGCUUACCCUCGGUAACCAUGGCAGCCAUCACAACAACCAGUAUGGCGGCCUUGUCGACCAACAGGUGUUCUACCCUCAACAGGAGUCCCCCGUGGUGGCCUACAUGGUCCCACCUGCCGCCUCUCAGCCAAUGAGCUAUGUGACAGCGCCGCGAGCCUCGAGCGCCGGCGACAACCGGCCCCGGCUCUACCGCCGCAUGCCGAGCAUCGAGUCUGAUGUCUGAGACUUGCACGCAACACACUUAUCUCACCGAAACACACUGACACACACGCAUGAAAGACAGAGUUGUGUGUGACAGGACCAGGCAGCUCUGAUUCUAAUCGCAUACACGGAAACACACACACACACACACAGGUGAAAGAUGGGAAGGACUAAAGGUUAAUGGUAAUGCUGAGUAAAUAAAUAAAUCAUUGUUUCUUUAUCGCUACCCUCUGUAGGGCAGGGUUAGGGCCACAGGGACACCUGGAGGCACAAUACAAGAUGAAGAGUGUGUGUGUGUGAGUGUCAGUGUGUGCACUAGCCUCAAGCUGUGGGCAACGAGGCACAAACUGACAAUAUGUCCGACAAGACGGAUCGAAUCCCUGGUGAAAUAAAAGAGACACUGUGUACGGAGUUUUAACGGCGACAGUGGGAUCUGAUGGAAGAACAACACGUGUGUUUGGAAGACGAGCCGACUUGUCCCGCCCUCUCACUAGCCUCUUAGAGAUGAAGGGGACUGACAGAAAACCCCUUUCUUUCUGAGAAUACACACACACACACACACACACACACACACAUAUUACAGUUAAACACACCCGCCUCUCCAGGACUCUCCUCUUGCACUAUGAUUUCUACAGUCAACCCGUAUGUUGUCUGAGCCAACAAACUGCACUGCCAGCAUGGCUUAAAGAGUAGUAACCUACACUAGAGUAAUCCUUGACUUGAAUGGAAAUUACUUUCUUAGUAAUAGACUAGAAUGGGCGGGUCAGGGCACAGGUCUGGGAAGAGUGGUGGCUCCUGCCCGCAGAUGUACAAACACUCGAACAUACACACACACACUGUGUCCGUUUCUAAAGGGGAGGGGAGCAAAAACUACCGACUGUUUGCCUGUAACCGUUGAUGUCAGUUAAUUGAACAUUCCAAAAAGUGGACCAAACAUGGCCGCCGGUAAAAGCCUAUCAGGAAGAAAGUGUGUGUUCUAGUGUUUCUAGAUCUAAAGACAUACAGUAUAGCAUCCUUGCUUCCUUAGCUAGCCUUCAGGUCAUACUGCAUGCUUCCUACUGCCCUGUGUUACAGUUAAACUCCUAUACAGGGUCAUAUAUGCACACACACACAAACACACAUAUAUGCACAUACACACACAUGCACAUACGCAGUAGUCUAGGAUAGUAGAUUAGGGUGGGUGUGUGUGUCGAAGCUAUGAGAUAGCUUCUCUUUGUGCACUUUGUAGAUUUUAUACCCUGCCACCUAACACGGACGUUUGACCAAAAACACUUUUGUACUGAAAAAUAUGAAUAUUCUCAAUCAUUCGCUGGAUAGAUGUUUUCUUUUUUCUCUUAUUUCUCUUUGACAUUGGGUUUUAGGGCACCGUUAAGUUUCCAUUGUAAGGUCCGAAGUAUAACAGUGUUAGAUAAAUGGGUACAGCAUCAUACAGUAUACACAACUACACAUUUGUAUCUUUCUUAUCUUUUUUUUUUACUUUUACAGUGCUCAUCUGCCCCUUACCCUCCUUCCAUCUUCCUGGUGGGUGAAGGGGACGGGCUCGUAAGCCACUUUGAGCACAGCUUUUUGUUUAAUCUCUUAUUUAUUAAUUUUUGUAUCAUUCCCUGCUUCCUUCUAUUAUAGAGUAGAUUGAGUAUCAGAAGAAUAAAAGUUAAGUCGUGGUGUUUAAAUCUCAGCAUAUUGUUGGAAAUCACAAUAUUAGUAUUAGUCGCUAGAAUUCCUCUAAUCCCACACUGGCUCUCGUAGGAUACAGUACUUUUAUUCUACUACAUUUUUAUGUUGAAUUAAAGAACUGUAGGCCCAUUUUCAUGUUCCCAUAGUGAAUUUAGAGGCCGAGUGCAUCACUGUUGCAGAUUUACUCAUCAAAUGAAUACUCCUGGACAAGCGUCAGAGUAGCUGGUACUUGUGUGGCUCUCUGUUGGCGAGAACACAGCGCUGUGUUUCAGCUGAGAGUCACGUGGCAAAGCAGAGAGUUUGCAAAGUGACUUGUUACAGAGGCAACACUCACUCAUAUACACACACAUACACACACACAUAUGCACACACUCGACAAGCUAACAAUGUGUGUAUGAGUGUUCCAGAAAUCCAUAAUCUACUGAGUAAGGGCAUUGAUUUUCGAACACACGGAUUUUGAUGGAAAAAAGACUUGAUAUCCCAUUAGCUGAGCGUCUGUCUCUAUUAUCUUUCUGCUCUAUUCUCUUUUCUCUCCCCCCCUCUCUCUUUCUCUUUCUCUCCCUCUCUCUCUCUCUCACACACACACACAUACACACAUUUAUAUAUAUCGGCUGUGAAGAAUGCAAGACCGUUUUGAACAACAAAACGCACCUUUUCAACGGUGAACGCUGCCCCUCUUUUUGGUAAUCUUAACAGGUUUGGUGUGUGAGUUAUAUGCACAAUAUCAGGUUGCAAUAUUAUACUUCUGUACAGAGAAAUCUUUGUUUUAAAUGUUAGAAACUGAUUUUCAUUUGUUUGAUUUGAAUGGUAUUAAGUGUUGAAUUCAUUUCAAUAACGACGUGGCUUUUAAUUCUGCUUCUUUAGGAAAAAAAAAAAGGAAAAAAAGACUGGCAUGUUUUUAGAUUCUUGUGUGAUUUAUUUUUUUCUCUGGUGUGUUGUUGGUUGGGACCUCACUGUACAGUGCUCACUGCUGGGUUAACAUGCAGGCUAGUUAACUAUCACACCAGUUAACUAUAGCAACACGUAGCUGGGUCUCUUAUCUGAAUCACACUCAAUGAAUAAUGAUAGUCCAGCCUGUGUGGUUAUAAUAUAAAACCCCCUCCCACCCACAUAGUUCUCUUCCACUAUGAGUCUGUGCUGUUUCACCUCUGAGUGUGAGCGUGUGUGUGUGAGCGAGUGUGUGUGUAUGUGUUUGACACUGCGCAGGCAUUUAUAUAAGACAGAGGAUAUGCGUAUCAAGAGGUUGUUUGUGGUGGAUGUGUGUGUUUUUGGCGUGUGUAUACUUUUCCGUACUCUCUUCGGUUUCGUCCCACACAUAACAUUUGACCCGGCUCUUACUCAUAUAAAUCAAAUACAGUUUUACACACACACAUGCAAACACACACACACAUGUUGCGUCUGUGCUAAUGUGGUUAAGAGAACAUGUAAUGAGAUGUGUACGUCCUCCACCAUCACACAGAUUUUUAAACCAAUUUUAUUGUUUGAUUUUUUAUUUUUUAUUUUUUUUAAUUGCAUGACGUGCUUGUGUUUUUGGUGGUACCUAUUUUGCUGCAACACCUGAGUUCUCCCUGAGUUGACCUAACGGGGCUACAUGUACCAACGUUCCCCUCCAUCCUGGUUAGUGCACCUCAACAUGAGUGGAGCCCAGGAUCCUUCCACAGUCGCACCCCCCCCCUCCUCGCCUGCGAUGUCACCAACUUUGUGCCCAUCUGACUCCUGAACAACGCUGUAAAGGUGCAUGUGGAAAACGUUGGUCCCGGUACAGUUCUCAGUUUGGUGGAGGUGCACACAUAUUAUAUACAGUACCGGGUGGAAGGGUUGCGUUUGUGUGUAGUCCUCCAGGUCUCCCUGCCGUGUAUCUCACUUGUGUAUGAGUUCAGGGGUUUCUAAGCUACUAGUUGUGUUGUAAAUAAUACUUUGUCACUCAGUACCUCUGUACAAUCUGUAAAUAAGUAAAGGUUACAUUUUUCUA